GAGGACCAGGCAGAAAAGGGACGAAAAGCGACCCUCAGAGAUGCUCUGCGAGAAACGGGAUUCUUUAUUGCAAGAACAGAUAGCAAAAUAUGGCUUACACUUAUAAUGGCUGCUGUUGCAGGAAUCCUUCACUGGUAUCACAUAACAACUCUUUUUGAAAAUGAUCGCCACUUUUCUCAUCUUUCAACUCUGGAACGGGAAAUGGCAUUUCGAACUGAAAUGGGUCUCUAUUAUUCCUACUUCAAGACUAUAGUUGAAGCACCAUCAUUUUACAGUGGAGUUUGGAUGAUUAUGAAUGAUAAUCUAACUGAAUAUCCUCUUGUAAUAAACACACUGAAAAGAUUUAAUCUCUAUCCAGAGGUUGUAUUAGCCAGCUGGUACCGCAUAUAUACAGGGAUAAUGAAUUCUUUUGGCAUUCAGACACAAAAGUGUUGGACUGUGAAUAGAGGGGAAGGUCUGAGUCCUGUUGAAAGUUGUGAAGGAUUAGGAGAUCCUGCUUCUUUUUAUGUGGCUAUGAUAUUUCUUCUAAAUGGAUUGAUGGUGUCAAUUUUCUUCCUAUAUGGCACGUAUCUAAGUGGGAACAGGUUUGGAGGGUUACUUACAGUGGCAUGCUACUUUUUCAACCAUGGGGAGAGUACUCGUGUGAUGUGGACUCCUCCUCUCCGUGAAAGCUUUUCUUAUCCUUUCCUUGUGGUUCAGAUGCUAUUAUUAACAUACAUUCUCAGGACGCAGAAUGUUAAUAGAAGAAGCUUGAUUGCACUAUCUGUUUCUAAUGUUCUUUUCAUGCUUCCAUGGCAGUUUGCUCAGUUUGUUCUUUUAACACAGGUAGCAUCUGUAUUUGGUGUAUACAUAUUGGGAUUUAUUGAUUCAGCUAAACUACAGAAGAUACUUUAUGCACAUAUGGUAUCUCUUACUGUAUGCUUUGUCUUUAUGUUUGGAAAUUCUAUGUUGAUGACAUCCUAUUAUGCUGCCUUUUUGAUAGUCAGCUGGAGUAUUCUGGAACUGGGACCCAAGUAUCUGAAAUUGUAUACCAAAAAUAUUCCUUUGUGGGCUUUGGAAGGAUUUUCUUGCCUGUUUGGGACAAUUAUCUUGAAAUUCUUGAUGUGUCUAAUAUUUGGAAUAUCUGAUGAUGUCCAUAUAAGUAAUCUGUUAAAAGCAAAACUUACCGGUUAUAGAGAUUUUGAUACAUCAAUGUAUACUUGUGCUGUGGAGUUUGAUUUCAUGGAAAAAGAGACUCCAGUUAGAUAUAUGAAGACACUCCUGCUUCCAGUAGUUCUUAUUCUUUUUUCAGUAAUUGUUGUAAAGGCAUUUCAAUAUGUUAUGCUUAAAGAGAAAUCCUCUGAAAGACAGGAGUAUUAUUUUAAUCAGGGUGAGAUCGUAUACCAUGCAUUACAACUACUUUUUUUUACUAUACUUGCCAUUUUAAUAAUGAGACUAAAGUUGUUUUUGACUCCACAUAUGUGCAUUAUGGCAUCCUUAAUAUGCUCAAAACAGUUGUUUGGAUGGGUUUUUUACAAAAUCCAACCUGGAACACUUGUUCUUACAAUUUUGGCAAUGAUGGCAUUUGAAGGAAUAGCAAAUCUUCAAAAAGAAUGGAGUAUUGUGGGAGAAUUUAGCAAUUUGCCCCAGGAAGAACUACUGCUGUGGAUAAAAGCAAAUACUAAGCCAGAUGCUGUUUUUGCCGGUGCAAUGCCUACAAUGGCAAGUGUAAAAUUAUCUGCACAACGACCUAUAGUGAAUCAUCCCCAUUAUGAGGAUGCGGGUUUACGGGCAAGAACGAAAAUUGUUUAUUCCAUGUAUAGCCGAAAACCUGCAAAAGAGGUUAAAAGAGAACUAUUAAAAAUGGGAGUAAAUUAUUAUAUUUUAGAAGAUUCUUGGUGCCUGAGGCGAACUAAGCCUGGUUGCAGUAUGCCAGAAAUUUGGGACAUAGAAGAUCUUGCCAAUGCUGGGAAAAUUCCUUUAUGCAAUCUCAUGUGUAAAGAUUCCAGGCCAUACUUCAGGACAGUGUUCAACAAUAAUAUAUUCAAAGUAUUGGAAGUUACCAGAGAAUGAUUCUUCAGUACUGUAUCAUUUUUGGUCGUAUAUCCUUUAAACCAGCAAUUUUUUUUUUAAAAAAAAAAAUUCUGCUUCAAUUCCAAGUCCAUUAAAAAAUAAAAAUAAUUGAUGUUAAUUAUGGGCACCAUUAGAUUUCAAUUGCAUUCCAAAGAAUUCAACACUCAAGUUUUUAACAUUUGGAGCAAUUGAAGCCAUGUACCCAUGUCAUUGGAUGAGAUCUUUAGGAGUCCAACUAACUAUAUUUAUUGAGAAGUAAUGUCUAGUUGAAAAAAUAUUCCUAUACAUGCAUUCCAACACUUCUUAAUAAAUACUGAUCCUAUGAAAAUGAGCAAAAAAAGUUGUAGAAUAUAAUGCCAAAAUAAAUGAAAUGGUGCAGGUAAUGAUUCCUAGCAAGAGUGUUGUAAUUUUUAAUCCUGAAGGAAUAAGAGCUGACAAAACCUAAAACAUUUUCUCACAUCUAGAUAUCAUUAUAUUACUGUCUAUUUCCUUUUCAUGCUUCUUUCCGAAUAAACAUAGUUUAGUGGGGGGGGAGGAUGGUUUCCAUGAUUCUAUGUAAGCAUAAAUUGCUGUUUGCUUUAUCAAAACUGAAAAAGUUCAGUUAUUAAUUAAUUAAUUAAUUACAACUUGUUUAUUUGUUCUACUUUAAAAUUCUGAAUAUCUUAGAAUUCACAUUGAGCCAGAUGAUACAAAACAAAACAAAAUGCUCCUAAAUUCUUGUUUAUCAAGGCUGAGAAAGCAUUAUAGCAUGUAUUAAUCAAUCUUUACUAUUCCUUUUUUUUUUUUGGUAGAAUAUUAUUUCCAAACCAGAAUUCCUGGUUUAUUGUUUUUAACAAGCCAAAUUUAGAAUCCAACAUUUAUUCUUGUCUGCUUAUUGUCUUGAAACCAAUGUUCCAAGGGAACUUUCAUUGGUAGCAGAAAUAGUAAAGAAGUAAACCACCCCAAUGUAUAUAGAAAGAGUAUACGCUUCUUUAUUAGAAUAGGACUGCUGAAAUUCAUGCAAAUUUAUCUGAAUUUUUGCUACUAUUGACAUGCUAUGAUAAACAAAAUAAAGUUGCUGCAUGUGUUAAUCUUUUAAGAAAAAAUUUUUUCCAGGAAAAUUGUACUAUUUUGUCUUAAUGCAAUAAAGGAUUGUGAUUAAUCCUUGUAGAAAGUUUAACAUGAUGGGAAAUAACAUUUAUUAUCUAAGAAAUAAAUUGUAACCACUAGGGAGAAUGCAGUGUAAAACAAUUUUGCUUUUGUGUUAUUCCAUUAUACACCUUGGAGUUACUUUAUACAAUAUAAAUUUCAAUAGUAUAGCAAAUGUUAGGUGAGUUACAACUGCAUUCUCAAGCUCAUUUUUAUAAAACUUAAAAUUUCAAAAAUUAACUGUAGAGAUGAUACACAGUUCUAAAAUUUGGUUGCAAUUUACUUUUUUGUCUGGUACCAUAGACCAUGAUCAUAUACAUUCUGUUUAUCUUUAAAACUGCUAAAAAAAUUUACAAAUUGUUUAUCUGAGAAUGUUGAUUUUGUUUUUUUCCUCCUGACAAAGUACAAAAAGGUAAAUUUAAAAUGUAAAGAAAUUUAUCUCCUAUUGAGGACUGAAUCAUCAACUAAGAUCCAUUCAAAAGGCAGGAAAUUGGAGUCAUUAUUUUGUACUAAGAUUAUAUUGUUGAAUAGAAAAUACUGUAUUUUUAUGCAUUUUAUGCCAAUUGUUGAUGUUCACUUUCAAAUAAAAGUUUGUUCAUAAUUGUGUUUAUGUAAAAGGCAUUUCACAAAUAGCAGGUAUUACUGUUAUAUUAUUGUCCAGAAAAUAAUUGAAAAACAAGUUUAAUCUAUUUUUAUCUGAAGUUGCUCAGUAAAAUUUAUUGUACUUACAUAUUAGGGAAAAGGAGAAAAUUCUGAUAACUACACACAGUUGGCAUUGCUGAUUUAUGAAUCAUAUUGAAUUACUCCAUUGGCAGCAGUUACUGCAAAUAUGUAAAUAGAAAACAAAACAUUUUGAACAGGCUUAAUGGAUUUUCUACUUUGAGACGUUGCUAAAAAACGUAGGAAUAUAUACUAACUGUAGGAAUAUAUACUCUAGAUCAGGGCUUUUCAACCAAUGGUACAUUGGAACGUACGUGGCCCUCCCUAGCCAAGCAUAGCGGGGGAGGGAACGAGCUAAAGUGGCGCAGCGCAGGACUUGCUGUGAGAGAGUCUUCAGGAGCUGCAGGGCAUCUGGGGUGAGACGAAGUCCCCAGGAUUGGUACUUCUGGCUCACCCAGAAGAGAGAGGAGGAGAGCGGAGACAGGAGAGGCUAUAAAAGGAGGCAGUUUCGGUGGGAGAGGAAGAAAAAAAAAGACGCAGCCUUAGAAGGAGGAGUCAGCUGAAGCUGCACCGAAGA